GUCCCAGCUUGAGUAUGAUGGAGGGGAUGCUUACUUUCCUGUGCCAGAGGCUUUUUGGCAGGACGCAGUGUCAGCCUGCUGAUCCUCAGUUGCCAGGGGAGAAAGAGACAGAGGCCGAUGGGAACUGCAGAGAGAAAAAUACUGUGCCCUCCUUUGACAGUAAAGAAAUCAGCAGGACUGAAACUCCAAAGAAGAACACUGUAUAUAUCCUUGUGGCACCUCCUAAGAGUCUUCAACAGAAAAUAGUGAAAGCAGGAGACAAGGACCUGGACGGACAGUUAGACUUUGAAGAGUUUGUCCAUUAUCUCAGAGACCACGAGAAGAAACUCCGGCUGGUCUUCAAGAGUCUCGACAAGAAGAAUGAUGGCCGGAUUGACUCGCAAGAAAUAAUGCAGUCUCUGCGUGACCUGGGGGUGAUCAUCUCUGAGGAACAGUCUGAGAAGAUCCUCAGAAGAAUAUGGAGGGGUCAUAUCUGGGCCCCUAUCUUGUAUAUGGACAAAAAUGGCACAAUGACUAUUGACUGGAAUGAGUGGCGGGAUUAUCACCUCCUCCAUCCAGCAGACAACAUUCCUGAGAUCAUCCUCUACUGGAAACACUCCACGAUCUUUGAUGUUGGUGAGAGUGUGUUGGUCCCUGAUGAGUUCACAGCUGAAGAGAAGAAAACAGGAAUGUUGUGGCGACAUCUAGUGGCUGGAGGUGGAGCGGGCGCUGUGUCUCGAACCUGUACUGCACCACUGGACAGGCUCAAAGUACUCAUGCAGGUUCACUCCUCCAAGAGCAACAGCAUGCGUAUCUCUGGAGGCUUCAUGCAGAUGAUCCGAGAGGGAGGUGUGAGGUCACUGUGGCGAGGCAACGGCAUCAAUGUCCUUAAAAUAGCCCCCGAGUCUGCUAUUAAGUUCAUGGCCUACGAACAGAUUAAACGAUUGAUGGGAAGUAACCAGGAGACGCUGGGCAUUGCGGAGCGGCUGGUGGCCGGCUCUCUGGCUGGAGCCAUCGCUCAGAGCAGCAUCUACCCCAUGGAGGUCCUGAAGACACGCUUAGCUCUGAGGAAGACGGGCCAGUACUCGGGCAUCGUGCAUUGUGCCAAACAUAUCUUUCAGAAGGAGGGGGCGGCUGCUUUCUACAAGGGCUACGUCCCCAACAUGCUGGGCAUCAUCCCCUACGCUGGCAUCGACCUGGCAGUCUAUGAGACUCUGAAAAAUUACUGGCUGCAGCGCUUCGCCACAGACAGCGCUGACCCGGGGGUGUUCGUGCUGCUGGCCUGCGGCACCACCUCUUGCACCUGUGGCCAGCUGUCCAGCUACCCCCUGGCCCUGGUCCGCACUCGGAUGCAGGCACAAGCUACCCAGGAAGGGGGCCCUCAAAUGACCAUGAGCACCCUGUUCAGACACAUCGUUAAGACCGAGGGGCCCUUGGGACUCUAUCGGGGCCUGGCUCCCAACUUCAUGAAGGUCAUUCCAUCAGUCAGCAUCAGCUAUGUGGUCUACGAGUACCUCAAGGUCCAACUGGGGGUCCAGUCAAAGUGAGGAGGGGCAGAGGCUGGAGGCUGGCGGCUUUAUGCGUUUUGUUUUGAGCUGAAGAUUUGCUGCGUUGGCCUCCAAGAAACAUGCAGCUGACACUCGACAUAUUCAAAUCCCAUUAUGAAAUAUCAGGGUUUGAAAAAUAAAGGUGAGGUGAUAUGAAUGAAGAGGAAUGAGAACCUGAAGGCAGAGAGGUUGAUGAAGACUCGAUUGAAGCAACUCAUUGUAGUUACUCUUAUAUAAACAUGUCUUGCGCAAUUCAGGGGACAAAUGUUUACAUUAAAUUCAUGGCAGUAGUUUACUGGGGUACCAGCAACUUGCCAAUGAUAUGUCAGGAGCUCCUGCUCAGUGUGAAGGGAGAAUCUUUGUCUUAAAGGGCUCUGCUAUAGCACAUCACAGACAUCAUUCAUGUUUUUCUUACACGUGCUCUCAGGCUCUCUCAGUUGGCCGCUUGCUGCAGCCCCAAGGACAACGAUACAGUAGCUGUAGCUUAGUAAUUCAUACGCACACAAGAUUGAAUCAGGACCAUAACGUUGUUUAUGGAACAUAACAUUUCCUUUUGUUUUCCAAGGUCCAAUGUUCCUUUAAAUCCAUUAGAUCCAUUCAGUCAGUUGUUUUAGGGAGCGAGAUGUGACCGAGCAGGAAAGCAGCAACAUGUCUCAUCAUGAUGUGACUUCAUUUGUUUAACAAUGAUUCACUGGAAAGCAUGUUUUUAGGAUUAUAUGUUGUGCUUUUUGACCUUAUUAUUCAGUCCAGAACAGGAGAGACAGGAAGGGGAGGACAUGCAGCAUUUGUACUGUUAAGGGAAACAUUGUGAGAUUAAGUGGACACUGCAGAUUCUGUAUUUUUAAGAAAUAGCAGUAUAAAAUGUUGAGUUUAGUGUCACGGGACACACCUCCAUUCUUCCUUAUUCCUGUACAAAAUAUCAGUUAACAUAUGUUUUCUUUUAAAGCAGGCCCCCUCUAUGCAGGUUUCAAAUGAGUCAUCAGGAAAAAAUGUCGUCUUAGCUCGUGACAUUUGAAUAUUUCACCAGUCGGCUGAAGACAUUUCCAUUUUUUCUUGUACGAAGUAAAUACAAGUCCUUCAUUUGACCUGCUGCAGCUCUCUGACUGCAGCUGCAGAUCCACGAGUGCCUUGUGUGCCUCUUACUUAAAUGCACUUGAACACUAUUAGAGGGGAAGUCUGUGGAACAUUGAAUGCACUUUAAGGUACUCCGCUUUAACUCCUGAUUUUAUUAUUAUUAAUGUAUUUAUGUAUUUAUUUUUACAAAAAAGGAUUCAUGACUGCAUUUGUGAUGUAUUGGUUAUGCUGAAUAAAUACAGGUCUCUUUGAUUUCAGAGUAAUCCGUGGUCUGAGAACUGGAAGUAAUAGAAGUAAUCUGACAUGGUUUCAAAGAAAUAGAAUGUUCAAUACAAAGUUAAACAAAAAAAAAGGAAACAAUAAUGUGAAUAAGUGGAGUAGAAUACUUAAAUCAACCAAUAUUUUGUGUAAUAGUUGGAAAAUGAUUAAAACUCAACUAAUUAUUGGGAAA